AUCAGCGGAUUGUGGCUCAGUCCCUUAAACCCUUCAACAGAAACGUUUCAUUCUCCUGAAACAUCGAAGUACUUCUGUGAAGAUCUUCCUUAUCCUUGUAUGGCUUUUCUCUUUUGCUUUUGUAAAUUUGGUGGAUAACAUAGCAAAUAAACAAAAUGAGAACCAACCCAUAUCACUCUCACUUGUCAUCUUCUACUCAGCUUCAAACGCCCUCUCUCAUGGCUCUUCAUGGGCUCAAGGUAUCACCAUGUUUUAAAGCCCAUAACUUAAGUUUGAGUACAAAACUAAAUGGAGUCUUUCAGAAAGCUAAGCCCAAUAUAUGCUGUGCUAUGAAUAUGGCUUCCGGACAGUCACGUGAUCCUGAGAGGUUAAAUUUAAGCAGUAUCAUGAACAAGGCAAGCGAAUUAUGGGACAGUUCUCCCCAGCCAGUCAAGUCCUUUCCCUGGAAUAGAGCACUGGAGAACUUUGUUCAACUCAUUAUUGAUCUUUUCUUGGCAGUUGUCAAAUAUUUAAGCGUACCUUUACUGGCUGUUUCCUCUCUCAGUGAGAUGUCAUAUUGUGCACAUGAAAAGAAGUUGUUUUUUGUCCCUGUUCCACUGCUCAUUGGCAUGGCUAUUGCUGACAUCCUAAGAGAAACCUCAUUGGAAAUAUCUCCUCUGCUCAAGGAUGCAGAAGUUCCUUGGCAUCUGAUUACCAUUGCAAUAUUCUUUACUUUGGUCAAAUUGCCAGGUCCUUAUUAUCCAUACUGGGGACGCAUAUUCAUUCCUCACUUAGCAAAUGGGGCACUAUUGAGGACUCUGUGGUUUGCAUUUUUGUGGAAUAGAAAGCCCAAAAAGGCAUCAGAAACAGCACAACCCAAAACUCAAUGAUUCAGUAAUCGUUGGCCAUUCUGGAUCAAAUAAACGCUAAAUUAUUGGGUGAACUAUUUGUACCAAUGAAGGAAGGUGAUCGGAAGCUUUGGCCACUCUCAAGACUUUGAGUUUUUUAUUCUGAGAGUAAAGGACUUGCAAUUUAGAUGGGGUUGAUAAAUGUUAAACUAGUUUGUCACUUCAUUUUAUACAUUUUUCUUACAGAAGGUUCUGGAAACAGGCCUGUAAUUUAUUUGAGAUUCAAAUUAUAUUGGAAUCAAAUGCUUUUCAUCCACAA